GAUAGCUACCGUGCCAACCAUCCCAACAAGCAACAAACACUCCUCCAAAGUUCCACAGAUAUUUUUAUUUCCUACGCACCCCCGGCUUCUCUUCCCCCGCACGGAACGCCCACCAUGUCCGCCGCCGCCGCCCGCUCCCGCGCCGCCGCCGUCGCGGUCACGGCCGCCCGCCGCAUCCACGCCGGCCGCGCCGCCGCCGCCGAGGAGCAGGGCCAGAGCCCCGGGCUACGCCGCCCCUGGGCGUACUUCCGCCGGCGCCAGCAGCAGCAGCAGCAGCAGGCGUCGUUGCCCCGCGCUGUCGCGGCGCCUCCGCUGCGGGACGUGAUCGCCGAGCGCGGGGCCGGGGCGUCGGAUGGAGGCGGAGAGCCACCGGAGAUCUGGCGGCAGCCCGGGGAGGCCGGCGCGCGCGGGGCGGAAGUUGGGAGGAUCGAUGUGGUUAGGGUUGCGGCGGGUGGCGGUGGUGGGGAUGGGUCUGAUGGGAACGAGGGGGGUGGUGCGGGGUGGGGUGGUUCCAACUUGGGGCGCCGGUUCCCCACGCCCAAGGAGAUUUGCCGCGGGCUCGAUAAGUUCGUCAUCGGCCAGGAGCGCGCCAAGAAGGUGCUGUCCGUAGCAGUUUAUAACCACUAUAAAAGGAUACAUUGCGAUUUACUCUCCAGCAGGUCUGCUGGAGAUUGUAGUGAAACCGAUUCUUGCUCGAGUGAUACUGAUGGAGUGGAGCUUGAGAAAAGCAACAUCCUUGUGAUGGGUCCGACUGGCUCGGGGAAAACAUUGCUGGCAAAAACCCUUGCAAGGUUUGUUAAUGUGCCAUUUGUUAUAGCUGAUGCAACAACCCUCACUCAGGCUGGAUAUGUUGGUGAGGAUGUUGAAUCUAUCCUGUAUAAGCUCCUAGCGGCUGCUGAUUUUGAUGUAUCUGCUGCUCAGCAAGGGAUUGUCUAUAUUGAUGAAGUUGAUAAAAUAACAAAGAAGGCUGAAAGUAUCAACCUUAGUAGAGAUGUUUCAGGUGAAGGUGUUCAACAAGCACUGCUAAAAAUGCUUGAGGGAACGGUUGUUAGUGUUCCUGAGAAAGGGGCUAGAAGGCAUCCAAGGGGUGACAAUAUCCAGAUUGAUACGAAAAACAUUCUCUUCAUUUGUGGUGGUGCUUUUGUUGAUUUGGAGAAGACUAUUUCUGAAAGGAGGCAUGAUUCUUCCAUUGGUUUCCAAGCACCAAUUCGUUCAAAUAUGCGAACUGGGGGUGUCAUAAAUGCUGAGAUCACAUCUUCGUUACUCGAAUCAGUUGAAAGUGGUGAUCUCAUUGCAUAUGGAUUGAUCCCAGAAUUUGUUGGUAGAUUUCCCAUUCUUGUUAGUCUAUCUUCCCUUAGUGAAGACCAACUUGUUGAGGUUCUUACAAAACCAAAGAAUGCCCUAGGCAGGCAGUACACAAAGUUGUUUGAAAUGAAUGAUGUCAAGCUGCAUUUUACUGAGAAGGCUUUACGUCUCAUCUCCAAAAGAGCAAUAGCGAAGAACACCGGAGCUCGAGGUUUAAGGUCCAUAUUAGAAAGUAUAUUGACUGAAGCAAUGUAUGAGAUUCCAGAAACACGAACUGGAAAAGAUAAAAUAGAUGCAGUUGUUGUUGACGAAGAGUCUGUUGGACCAACAAAUCAGCAUGGUUUUGGAGCCAAGAUUCUCUGUGGAGAAGGAGCAUUGGACCUUUACCUGGAUGAACAUAAUAAAGAAUCAACGCCACGACGGCCGGAGAAGUUGGAUGGAGAACCUGACAUUGAUACAGAAGCCCCUUCUAGAGUGGCCAGCAUGUAGGGUUUGCUGAUAAGCGUAAUUAUGUAUAUAACUUGUUAUCGGCCAUGUGACUGUAGCCAAUUCAAAUGUAAAGUCAUCCUCCUCAUACAUUCAUCAUGUAUAAGGUUCAUGUCGGGGAUGUUAUUUAUCUUGGCGAUCAAAACCCUCCUUUUUCUGUGACAUUUUUUUAAAAAGGAAAAGUAAAAGGGGAAUAGAUUAGCAUGGCUA